AUGAGGAACCCUAGCUCUGAUAUCAAAGACUUGAACAAAGGAGCUUGGUCCAAGCAAGAAGACCAAAAACUCAUUGAUUAUAUCAACCAACACGCCGAUGUUUGUUGGCGCACACUUCCUCAGGCUGCAGGUUUACUUCGGUGCGGUAAAAGUUGUAGGCUGAGAUGGAUAAAUUAUCUACGGCCAGACCUUAAAAGGGGGAACUUUGCUGAAGAUGAAGAAGAUCUCAUCAUCAAGCUUCAUGCACUAUUGGGCAACCGGUGGUCACUAAUAGCUGGGAGAUUGCCAGGGCGAACAGAUAAUGAAGUGAAGAACUAUUGGAACUCUCACAUAAGAAGAAAGCUCAUUAGCAAGGGUAUUGACCCAAAUAAUCAUCGAUUAAAAAACCACAAAAUACCCUCCAUUCAUAAUUCACCCACGUCUGAUUGUUCAAAAUCUCUAGACUUGAAAGACACAUGCAAGAAUGAGACAAGUAAGUUACCUCAUGUUAACAAUUAUGGUGAAGUCUCAGAUGCGGCAAGUGGCGAGGCUGAGUCAUCAUUUGCCCUGCCAGAUUUAAACCUUGAUCUCACGAUAGGCAUUCCUUUAUCUUCACCAAGUAUUUCUGAAAACAAUCUAAAACUAUUUCAUGAAUCUACGUCACCAAGGAAACUGCAUUUUGCUUCCCCUUCAACACUUCUUCUGUUUCAGUGA